CUUCUUGUGUCGCAUUGGUUAGUUAUUCUACUGGACUUCCCCAAAACGACAGAUUCAUGAAUAGGUUACAGUUCUUUUAUAUGACUUUAUCCAUUUAAACGUUUAAAAAAAUGGGUAAACGGGAUAAAGGCGAUCGGGAGAAGCGGUCCAAAAAGAGGUAUUAUGAGGAGGAUGAUGAUGAAGAUGAGGUGGCAGGCAAUGACUCUCAGGAGGCCGUUCCUGCUGCUGCAGGAAAACAGGUGGACGAAUCCAGCAUAAAGCUGGAUGAGUAUGGAGCCAAAGACUACCGCCUUCAGAUGCUACUGAAGAAUGACCACUCCUCACGCCCGCUCUGGGUGGCACCAGACGGACACAUCUUUUUGGAGGCCUUCUCACCCGUGUAUAAGUACGCCCAAGAUUUUUUAGUGGCCAUCGCAGAGCCCGUGUGCAGGCCCAACCACAUCCACGAGUACAAGCUGACUGCGUAUUCCCUGUAUGCGGCCGUCAGCGUGGGACUGCAGACUUCUGAUAUUGUGGAGUACCUUCAAAAACUCAGCAAGACAUCAGUACCGGAUGGAAUUGUGCAGUUUAUCAAGCUCUGCACCGUGAGCUAUGGCAAAGUCAAACUGGUGCUCAAACACAAUAGGUACUUUGUGGAGAGCGCCUUCCCGGACGUGAUCCAGCGCCUUUUGCAGGACAACGUGAUCCGUGAAUGCCGCCUCCGCUCCGCAGACGGAGCAGAAACUGAGCUUAUCACUGAAGUCAUCCACAGCAAGUCGGCGAUUUCCAAGUCUCUUCAGGAGAAAGGAAGUACUUCCACAUCACAGCAGCCAAGCGAAGGACAAACGUCAACCCAGCAGGUGCCUGAGGACAUAUUCAGCUAUUAUGAGCAGAUGGAUAAAGAAGAGGAAGAGGAGGAGGAGACUCAGACUGUUUCCUUUGAAAUCCGUCAGGAAAUGAUUGAGGAGCUACAAAAGCGUUGCAUUCAGCUGGAAUACCCCCUCCUGGCAGAGUAUGACUUUCGCAAUGACACAGUCAACCCAGACAUCAACAUAGACCUGAAGCCCACCGCUGUGCUUCGACCCUACCAGGAGAAGAGUCUGCGCAAGAUGUUCGGAAAUGGACGUGCGCGCUCGGGCGUCAUCGUGCUGCCCUGCGGAGCGGGAAAGUCUCUGGUGGGUGUGACAGCGGCGUGCACGGUGCGCAAACGCGUCCUGGUGUUGGGCAACUCCUCGGUGUCAGUGGAGCAGUGGAAGGCCCAGUUCAAGAUGUGGUCCACCAUCGACGACUCUCAGAUCUGCCGCUUCACCUCUGAUGCCAAGGACAAGCCCAUCGGCUGCUCCAUAGCCAUCAGCACCUACUCCAUGCUGGGCCACACCACCAAGCGCUCCUGGGAGGCUGAGCGGGUCAUGGAGUGGAUGCGGAGCCAGGAGUGGGGGCUCAUUAUCCUGGACGAGGUGCACACCAUCCCCGCAAAAAUGUUCCGCCGCGUUCUGACCAUCGUCCAGGCCCACUGCAAACUGGGCCUCACCGCCACGCUGGUCAGGGAAGACGACAAGAUUGUGGACCUCAACUUCCUCAUCGGGCCCAAGCUGUACGAGGCUAACUGGAUGGAGCUGCAGAACAACGGUUACAUCGCCAAAGUCCAGUGCGCAGAGGUGUGGUGCCCGAUGUCCCCGGAGUUUUACAGAGAGUAUGUGGCCAUCAAGACCAAGAAGCGCAUCCUGCUGUACACCAUGAAUCCCAACAAGUUCCGCGCUUGCCAGUUUCUCAUUCGCUUCCACGAGCGGCGGAAUGACAAGAUCAUCGUCUUUGCCGACAACGUAUUCGCCUUGAAGGAAUUUGCCAUUCGCCUCAACAAGCCUUACAUCUACGGCCCCACCUCUCAGGGAGAGCGAAUGCAGAUUCUACAGAAUUUCAAACACAACCCCAAGAUCAACACCAUUUUCAUUUCCAAGGUUGGAGACACUUCCUUUGACUUGCCAGAAGCCAAUGUUCUGAUCCAGAUCUCUUCCCAUGGGGGGUCACGCAGACAGGAGGCCCAGAGGCUUGGAAGAGUUUUGAGGGCUAAAAAAGGAAUGGUGGCAGAGGAGUACAACGCAUACUUCUACUCGCUGGUGUCGCAGGACACCCAGGAGAUGGCGUACUCCACCAAGAGGCAGAGGUUCCUGGUGGACCAGGGAUACAGCUUCAAGGUCAUCACCAAGUUGGCCGGUAUGGAGGAGGAGGACUUGAUGUUCUCCACUAGAGAUGAUCAGCAGCAGCUGCUUCAGAAGGUGCUGGCCGCCUCAGACCUGGACGCCGAGGAGGAAGUGACGGUCGGCGAAUUUGGGGCAAGACAACAGGUCUCGAGGCGAGCGGGAACUAUGAGCUCCAUGUCUGGAGCGGACGACACCGUCUACAUGGAGUACCAGAGCCGGGCCGGAAAAGCCUCGGCCGCGGGCAAGAACGUCCACCCGCUGUUCAAGCGGUUCAGAAAGUAGAACCGCUGAACCCUGACGGCUGAAAAAACCGACUCUGUUGUAACUGGGCAAAAGGACAUGGUUGUGGGGAGGGGGUUGCAGGUUCAGAGUCCACUGCAUCUUGUCCGGUGAAUAGAGCAACUUUUGAAGAUAACCAGCGACCACGUCUGAGGGCUUCGCAAGCCAGAAAGGUCUGAAUGGAGGACGAGACUGGACGGCUACUCGAGCACUGCCUCUAAGGGAAGAGCUCCGUCCUUUAGGCAAAGAGGACUGAAAACAGGAUUUGUUAUCUAAUUAUCUAAUUGUACUGAGAAAAUUAUGUGUGUAUUUUGGUUAACAUAACACCUGCAAUUUUCACUUAAAUGUCCAUUGGUUUGUCUCUAAAGAAAAGGAAACAUUUUUUUUAAUGUUAUGUCACAGACACACCUUCCUUAAAAUGUCCCUUAAUCCAUUUUGUAGAAUAAACUGUUUAGGAAAAUCCUGAGCUGUACCUCAUGCAGUUUUUUGGCCUGAUGGAGAGAGAAUGUGC